AUGGAUGUCAUUCGUAACUGUGAUAAGCCGCAGCGUAGUAUGAGGGCCCUUGCGUCCCUUCACAUCAGUAGAACAUUUCAGAUGCUGCAAUGGUCGCAAUAUGUCAUUAAAGCAAGUUAUUCAUGUUUCGCGCUUUAUGCACGUGGCCGUAUCGGGUCUCAUUCUUUAGGGUCUCCAUUCUGGAAUUACGGUACCUUCAUGAGAUGGUAUGCAAGGGGCUGCACUUCCCUGGUGGACUCCAAAACCGCGCUGUCUGUUGAUCGGAAGGCUUUCAUACUACGUUGUCUCACUUUCGAGGACUCUCGCUUCCUUUACAAAUUGCCCAUUAACUGGGCAUAG